UCUUCACUCUUUCAACCCAACCAAAAAAAUCAUAAUCUCAAAUCUUGAAACCUUUCUCCAAAAAGAUUAAAUAAAAAAGCACUUAACCAUGAACAACCACAACAACAUUCUUCAUUACUACUCAGAAGAAAAAACCAACAACAACACACAGGUUCAAGUUUGGAACAACGCAGCAUUCGACGGUGACGAUUUCACCAUGAUAACAUCUUCCAAUUGCAUCAAAGAGAAUCUAAGCCCAACCGCAUUCAACACUAUUAUCCCCUCUUCAAAAAAUAACAAAAAAACCCUUGAUGAUGAAAUCGCUGAAAUCGAAUUUGAAAUUAAGCGAUUAACUUCGAAGUUAGAAUCGCUUCGUAUUGAAAAAGCCGAAAGAAAAAUCGCUUCUGAAAAGCGCGUUUCUGGAAUUGGAACUGGAAGAAUCGUAGGUUCAAAGUUCAUGGAACCGAAGAAAAACGCUGUCGUUUUCAAAGAAGUGACGCCGAAACGAAACGGUGUCGUUUUCAAAGAGGAUACUCCAAUGCCGAAGCGAAACGGUGGCGUUUUGAAAGAGGAUACUCCGAUGCCGAAGGGGAGAGUUAAUUGGAGGCGAGGGAUGAGUUUAGGUCCGGCGGAGAUCGCCGGGAAGGGUAUCACGCCGGCGAAUACUCCGGCGACGGUGAAUCGUCGGAAAUCCUGUUUCUUUAAACCGCCGGAAAGUUGUGAAGAUAGUCGAAGGAAAACGAUUUGUAAAGCGAAUUCAGUUUCUGCUGCAGUUGGAUCAUCGAUUAAGCGUGUGAAGAAGAAAGAGGAAGAAAUUGUUCAACCGAAGAAAUUGUUUGAAGGUGAAAAAUCGGCGAAGAAAGUGAUGAAACAAGGUAGGGUUGUUGCAAGUAGGUAUAAUUCUGGUGGUGAUGUGAGGAAAAGAUCGUUUUGUGAGAAUAAUAAGGGUUUAGGGACUGAAAUUAGGGUUAAGAAAAGGUGGGAGAUUCCAAUUGAGGAAGUAAAUGUGAGUGGUUUUGCUAUGUUACCGAAGAUUUCGAGGAUGAGGUGUGUUGAUGAUGGGAGUCCUAGGGAUUCUGGUGCUGCUAAAAGAGUUGCUGAAUUGAAUGGAAAAAGGUCUUAUUUUUGUGAUGAUGAAGAAGAUAGUGUGAUGGUGGAGGAACAAGAAGGUUCUAUUUGUCAGGUUUUGAAUUUUGCUGAAGAUGAUGAUGAUGGUGAACAAGGGUAAUAUUGGAAUUUAUUGUGUUUUGUGUGUUUGUGAAGUCUUGUGUGGAACUGGCUAUGUUCUGCUUGAUUCUUUUGUAUCUUAGGUGAAAAAUUUAUGCUGGUUUUUUGAUUGUUUUUAUGUGUUUUGAAAUAAUUGAGAUAUAAAAAUCAUGUUUCUUGCAUUAUAAUUGUAUAUUUGUUAUAAUUUGUUCUAUAAUAAUAAUAUGCAUUGAGAGAAUGUCUCAUUUUA